UCGGAGCUGUAAAUGUAGGAAAUGAGCUAAUGAUCUUCAAAACAUUCUCGAUGACGUCAACAUUACAAAACGCCGCAUAAAAACCAGUUCAUUGAUUUUAUCAAAUUAUAUCUUAAGUAGCUACCUUCUACAUUAUAAAGUCAUGAUGAUAAUAGCUAACUGAAUAUAAAAGAGCAUCAGGAAUUUGGAGAUAAACAUUCUAGUCUACCUGUUCGAAAUGAAUCUAGUAAUCAUUUUGGUGUUGUCCGCAGUAGCGACCGCAUUGCCUGCGGAUGAGCCUUAUGGCUACCACAGGAAAGUUGGCAUCAAGUUGGCAGAAAGUUUAAGACAGGCAGAACUAGCCGCGGACUUCGAUGGCGCGAGGAUCACUGGCGGCGCUCCAGCGCCGCUGGGUGCUCAUCCUUACAUUGGCGGUCUGCUGAUUGCAUUGCGAUCAGGCUGGACAUCAGUCUGCGGCUCCUCAUUGAUAUCUCAUACAAGAGCAAUAACAGCCGCCCACUGCUGGUUCGACGGCAGGGAAACUGCACUUGGCAUAACCAUAGUGUUGGGCAGCACGCGUCUCUUCACUGGGGGCGUCAGAGUUAAUUCAACUAACGUGGAAAUCCAUGAACAAUACAAUCCCAUAAACCUUCUCAAUGAUAUCGCUAUAAUCUAUCUGAGCUGGAUACCGUUUACACCUGUGAUCCAAGCUAUCGCCUUGCCCACUGGCUCCUUGAUGAACGAUAGUUUGCUGGUCGCGGGGCGUGGGCGUCUGGCUUCGGAAGACUGGGCGAUGCGUCUGGAAUCUACGCCCAUCAGUACCUGAGCCACCUUAAACAUGUUAACACCUUUCUGUGUUCCCCUCGUUAUUAAAUAUAACUCGAGAUCUGAUAAU